AUGCGGGAAUCGGACCCAAGUACCUGGGGCGGCCAUUGGCCAUGCAGCACAUACUUGGGGGAUCGGGGGGAUUCUGCAGCAUGUUUUUUUGCCUCUCCAGUUUCAACCCACGAACCAAACGCCCACUGUGCGUGCGGGCCCAAAACUGGCGUAGACUCAUCCAGACGCCCUCAGUCUCAGCUUUUUGUCUAUAUGCCACCCCACUUGAGCUCAGCUCCGUAUGGGCAGCUAGAUUCGACGGCAUCCCGCCAGAGCCAAGUGUCCAGGUUUCGAUCCGCGCUUGAGCAGAUUAUUCAGAUCAAGUCAGGGAUCCAUCGAAGCCAAGAGUCCCGCCGAUUUGUGCAAACUUCUAAACCCAGCACAUCAAGAUAUAAAAUACCUGUUGCGGGGAUUCAGGAAACUUUACGGGACGCCGCGGCAAACCACGGCCUCGUAAAAGUUCUCUGA